GUUGCGAUGUCUAUAUAGAUACCCGGGGAUUCUCUCUUCACAUAGACAGUUGCAGUGUCAUUCUGCAGACACAAUACUAUUGAGGUACAGCCUGAUUCAGUGCUAUUCAUGGGGUGUUCACUUCUGCCAUGUCUGGCUAUCCUGCUCUUUAUGAGUUUGGAGGCACCAGGAUUUAUUGCACAUCCACUAAUAGCUGAGGAGGGAUCAGGAGAAACUGCAUAUAUGCAACCAGUAAUAACAGCUGAGGAGGGAUCAGGAGAAACUACAGCUGAGGAGGGAUCAGGAGAAACUACAGCUGAGGAGGGAUCAGGAGAAACUACAGCUGAGGAGGGAUCAGGAGAAACUACAGCUGAGGAGGGAUCAGGAGAAACUACAGCUGAGGAGGGAUCAGGAGAAACUACAGCUGAGGAGGGAUCAGGAGAAACUACAGCACACUGUCAGAACCUCAACUGUGCUUCGGAUGAAGUCUGUAGGCAGAUAAAUGGCGUUUAUGGCUGUGCCUGUGGGUACAUUACAACGCAAAGCCCGAAUAUUUAUGACGCCAUUGAGACAUGUUCAGGAAGUACUGGAUCACUGUCUCUUUCUCGCUGUGAGCUCUUUGAAGACGGAUAUUCUGCAGAUAAUCUCCACAUGAAAGACUCAAACUGCAAAGGGGAGCUCCAAGAUAACAGGCUGGUGUUCAGCUUUGACAGUAAUGUCAACAUGUGUGGCACAACUCUGGAGAAUAACGACACACACAUUAUCUUCAGUAACAAUGUUGGGACGACUGAAGGGCUGGCUGUGAUCAGUCGUGUUGGCGGCCUCAACAUCAACUUUUCCUGUGUGUAUCCACUCAUCCAGAGCAUCUCCAUGCCCACGGACAUCGAAGCCAUAGGAGGUGUAAUCAGCAAGUAUCUGUCUACUGAGGGCUCAUACCAGAUCACCAUGAUCCCGUAUACCGAUGAUACAUUCCAGGUUCCACUCUUUGGCAAUGUGACCCUAGAAGUGAACCAUCAGAUGUAUAUAGCUGUGCAAGUGGAUCAGUUCGACAGAACUCAAAUCGGGCUUGUGCUGGACAGCUGCUGGGCCACGCCCAUCAACCAGACUGAUUAUUCCGUCCACUGGGACCUGAUCAGUAACGAGUGUCCGAACCCCAAUGAUGGCACAGUGGCAGUGUUGCAGAACGGUGUCUCCACGACCAGCUACUUCUCCUUCAGGAUGUUCACAUUCACUGGCUUCUCCACCAAGAUCUACCUGCACUGCCAGGUCCAUCUCUGUCUGCUAGAGACAGGCAGCUGUGCACAGCCAUGCCCUGGAGAUCUUUCCAGAAGACGCCGAGCUGUAGAUUUCUAUGAUUCAGCUGCCAUUACCAUGAAAUUCUGAUUUGUUUGUUUGAAACUUUUUUUUGUCUUUGCUUUAUGUUUAAUCAUAAUCAUUAAAUAUUGCUUUAAUAAUAAAUGCAAAUUAUAUCCAAAUUAAAGUUUUAUCAUAUAUAACAUUUUCUAAGUGAUUAUACUCAUCUGUAUUGCCAUAAUCAGUUAUAAUAAAUCUUUCAAGCAUUUUA